AUCUGAAAUAAAAAGGUGUGGUUCCGAUAACAGUCCAGACGAAGGUAAAUGAAGUUGCAACAAUGAAAAAUGUGAACUAAACAAAACCCAACUAGCAAAGGCGGUGCCCGCUGGACUAAAAAGAGUAAGAGAAGGGGAGCUAGGGUUUUCUUCUUUUCCUCGCAUCUCCUGAAACAGGCUGGACUGUUACAUGGGCUUCGGCCCAAGGGCAGCCCAAACACAUCUUUUCCUUUUUUUUUAAAAAGAAAGGGCUUAAUCAAAACAGUCAGCGGUUCCAAAUAUAUAUAUAUGUGCGCGCGCAGUUCCCGCUCUUGCUUAGCGCCUCUGCCUCUCCCCUCGAAUGCGGCCUCCGCUCCCCGUCCUCCUGCCGCCGCACCUCCUCCGCCAGCUCGACGGCCGCGCCCUCUCCACGCCGCUGCUCGACCCUCUCAUCCGCGCGACCUCCUCGUCUCCUUCCACCCCGCACCUCUCCUUCUCCUUAUUCCUCCUCCUCCUCCGCUCCGCGCUGCGCCCCUCCCACCUCACAUUCCCAUUCCUCGGCCGUGCCGCUGCCCGCCUCGCGUCCCCUCGCCUCGCCCUCUCGCUCCACUCGCACCCGCUCCGGCUCGGUCUUCUACCCUGCGAUCUCCACAUCGCCAACUCCUUCGUCCACAUGUAUGCAGCCUGCGCGCUCCCGGACCUCGCGCGCCGUCUGUUCGACGAAAUCCCCCGCCCGAAUCCCGUCUCCUGGAACGCCCUCCUGGACGGCUACGCCAAGUGCCGGGACCUAUCCGCGGCCCGCGAGGUGUUCGACCGGAUGCCCCACCGGGACGUUGUCUCCUGGAGUGCCAUGAUCGACGGGUGCGUCAAGUGCGGUGAGUACCGUGAGGCGCUUGCUUUGUUCGAAAUGAUGGAAGCUGCGGCGACUGGCCAUGGUGUGAGAGCAAAUGAUGUCACGAUGAUCAGCAUGCUAGGCGCGUGUGCGCACCUGGGGGACCUCAGGCGGGGAAGGCAGAUGCACCGGUACCUUCAGGAGCGUGGCUUCCUACUGAACCUCAGGCUUGCCACCUCGCUUGUGGACAUGUACGCCAAGUGUGGGGCGAUCAGCGAGGCGCUUGAGGUGUUUCGGGCUGUGCCGGUGGCGAGCACCGAUGUUUUGAUGUGGAAUGCCAUGAUUGGCGGGCUUGCAGUACACGGAAUGGGCAUGGAAACAGUGGAGCUGUUCCAGGAGAUGCAGCAUUCUGGGGUUGUGCCGGAUGAGAUCACAUACCUUGGUUUAUUGAGUGCUUGUGUACAUGGUGGUCUGGUGGAUGAGGCUUGGAGGUUCUUUUGCUCACUUGAAGCUCAAGGGCUCAGACCACAUGUUGAGCACUAUGCUUGUCUUGUAGAUGUGCUUAGUCGAGCAGGUCGCUUAGAGGAAGCAUAUGGUGUUGUUAAGAGUAUGCCAAUGGAACCCAGUGUCUCUGUACUUGGUGCUAUCCUGAAUGCAUGUCAUCUGCAUGGAUGGGUAGAGUUGGGGGAGGUAGUCGGCAGGCAGCUUGUCCGAUUGCAGCCAGAUCAUGAUGGCAGGUACAUUGGGUUGUCCAAUAUCUAUGCAGUGGCAAAGCGGUGGCAAGAGGCGAAGAAAGCCAGAAAGGUGAUGAGUGAGAGAGGACUGAAAAAGAUCCCUGGGUUUAGUGAGAUUGAUGUUGGUGGAAGACCCUGCAGGUUUAUUGCCCAAGACAAGACUCAUUCUGGUUCAACAGAUAUUUAUGCCUUGCUGGAUCUUAUAGCAAUGGAUAUGAAAAUGAAGGAUGAUUUCGCCCUUCCAGAGUGCUUCUGUACAUUCUGAUAGGAGGAUGGUUACCCUUUGGAUCUCUUAAAAGGCAUUCCCCUGCAGCAUUUUGAUCAUGCUUUCUUUUUGAAUCAGGGAAAUCCUUUGAAGCUCUCUGUUCUGGCCAUUCAGGCACUGACUUAGGUUCUUUCUGUAAGCUAGACUGCUAAAUCUAACCUAGUUGUGAGCUGAUCCAUCAAGAGGCAGACGUUGAAAGAUGGGAUGCAAUGUGCUACUGGAAGCAGAGCUAUAUAAGUAUGAGGUAUGCAGAUAGCCUUGAGAUUUCCGAGCUGCUUUUGUUUGUGUAUAUAGUCAGGCAGGAUAUUAAGAAGACAGUAUCAAUCAUCUGGAUAACCUGAUCUUCAAGAACUGUUUCACCCCAAAAAAAACUGUUUCACCCCUGGCUUCUGUUCCAAAGACUGGACUGUUUGUGGCAGAUGGUGUUUAACCAAGAACAAUUUAGACUUGGACUCUGACUAUUCAUACUUGGACUCUGGCUGUUUCAUCAGAAUAAACUACAAAUAUGCUUCACAUGUUAUCGGAACAAUUUGCUACUCUGGCUGUAGUUUUUUCUCAAUAUUGCGACAGUGGGAUGUGCCACUUGAUAGGACCAUGUUUGCUCCUUAAUGGGAUAUUUGGUUAUUUAUAGCAUUCAAAGGUGAAGUCACACUGCACUCAUAUUUCCAUUUUGUAACACUUCCCAAAACUAAUACACAUCACAUAGUUUUAUACUUCUAUCAUGCCAAACAUCGACACCAUGCUAUAUUAGAAAGCCAUCUGUGAUUUGAGGUAUCAUAAUGAAAUUACUUACCUGAAAGGUUGUAUGA